AGGGUUUCGAACUCAAAAUUCCAAGUAAAGCCUAGUACACGAUCAAACCACUUUGAAGGUUGAUGAGGGAGAGGAGUCUCGAGCCACUUGCGAGAAGAGAGAGAGAGUGAUGUCGAUGGUCGAUGAUGCAAGAGAGCCAACAACGGACUUGCGAUGCACUGAGAUGGGCAGAAACGAUGGUUGAUGAUGUAAGAGAGAACCAGCGAUAGGUUGGCGAUGUCGAUGCCUGCGAUGCAAGAAAGAGCUAGCGACAGACCUGCGAUGUGCAACUUCUGGUGCCAAGAAUAACCUAGGAUAAAGAUGCUACUCUGGUUGAUCCUCAUCAUGCUCGAUUUCAACGCACUGACCAAUGGAUGCCAGUUUAUUCCUGGUUAGAGUCAUUAGAUACAGAUGAGGUGGUCAAGUCAAAAGAUAUUUUAGAUUGGCUAUCGGAGAAUCCCGAGAUCAAAGAGCAGCUGUACUCGAGGCAUUCCCGUUAUCAUUUGAUGCACUACAUCAAGAAAUGCCAUGUUAAAAUAUUGAAGAGAAAAGAGAAGAAAAAGGGCUUGCAGCCUAGCAACAAAGCAAAUUAUGCACAGGUUCACAAAACUGGGGCCACAAAACUACCAGUACCAGUUCCAUGGUUCUUGGAAUUCCUUUCUGUAGUGUGCAAUAAACUCCCGGAAUUGGAAAUGUCUUUAUGUCCAGAAAUAUAUUACUAUACUAUAUGCACUAUGAACAAUCUGCCUAUAGAUAGUGACAUAUAUGUAGCAAAACGCAGUGAAGCUUUUCGUAAAUAUGAGAUUCUGAUAGAGUUGGAGAAGCAGCUUUCCACCGUCUUCCCAAAGCCAGAAAAUGUAAACAAUUUGAAGGAAUCAUGAUUCAGUGAAAGUUUGUGUGACAGAUACGCCAAUUAGCAUUCCUCAUGCGAUUUUGGUGAUUGUAGUGUAACCUUGUAAUUAGUAAUUAGUAAUUAGUAUAACCUAUUUUUCAUUAGUUACUUGUUAAAAUGCCUUAAGGUCAUCUAAGUAAAUGUAAUGACCAUGUAUUUUGUUGGUCUACUUCUUGCGUGCCUUCUUUCGCAGGAAAAAGUAAGCGAAAUGCUGAAAAUUAUUUAUGAUUUAAUAUUUUAUUUUUAUUUUGUUGGAUGAAAUUUUUCGCAGGAAAGAGCGUAGAUCAUUCAUAUGCAGCUAAUACUCAGUAAUUAGGGAUUUUUCAUCCUGGGUGAAUUUGUAACCUGAAAAAUGAUUUUGACUUAAAAUUAAGGCUUUUUGUUCAA